AUGUCAUCCACCAUUCUGGUGAAGAUGUGGUAUGGGCUGGUCACUUCCACCGCAUGUGCUGCAUUUCUGAAGCACCCUGUCUCGUGGUGGCCCAGCAGAAAGAGAUCCUUCUCGAUGAAGGAGACGAUCUUGUUUCGGGAUGAGAACUGCUCGGUGACAGGCUGCUGGAAGAAGGCAGCCUGA